CCUUGUCGGGCGUUAGGACCCUGCGGCAUCCUUAGUGGGUUUCCUCAGAGUGUGUGAGUAUUGAUUGAGCUCUGGUCCCAGUAUUCACAUUCAGUUCCCAGUAUCGUGCGGGCGCUUCAGCACCUCUUUCUCUCUCUAUUUGGCACAAAAAUUUGGAUUUGGACGUUUAUCCUAUAGCAAGGACGUCAUGCUUUUAUAUGACUACAGGAGACACACUAUUGUCUGAACUGAAUAGUUUUUUUUUUCCUUUUUAUAGUUUUUCGGGAUCUUUCUUUGGUUUGUUCAUUUCACUUUCAAUCAAUGGAUUUGGUCUGACCAUGUAAUAAGUGUCUGUCAGAUGCGGACUCGUAUAAGCAGAUGAUUUUUGCUGGAUGUAUACAUGCAUGAGAUGUCUGAGAUGUUCAUGUCCAGGGAUUAUUGCGCUCUGAUGAUGCGCGAGCGCAAGGAAUGUGACACGCGCUCCCGGGACGCGGACCUGGAGCGGAUUCUAACCCGCGAGCGCCUGGACGCGACUGUCGCGGGUCUGGCUGAACUGGAGUAUGUGAAACAGAGACAGGAGCUGCUGGUCAGGAGCGUUUUAAACCUUCAGGAGGAGAAACAUUGCGUCUUAGUGGAGGACAGUUAUCUGAACAACGAGGAGAAACUUCUGGAGGAGAAUAUUUUAUUAUUGAGAAAACAACUGACCUGCCUCAGGAAGCGAGAUGCCGGUUUGAUCAACCAGCUCCAAGAAUUAGACAGACAGAUCAGUGACCUACGACUGGACACGGAGACUUCGCACGAACACGUGGAGACGGACAGCCGACCGAGCUCAGGAUUUUACGAGCUAAGUGACGGUACUUCAGGAUCUCUCUCCAAUUCCUCCAACUCCGUCUUCAGCGAGUGUUUGUCCAGUUGUCGCUCCACCACCUGCCUGUGCACCCCCCUCGACACCUCGUUCUGUGCCUCCGAAGGAAGGCAUAAGCCUACAGAUGAGCUGGGUGUUUGUGCCGAGUGUGAUUGCCAGUGCGAAGACUCGACUUCCAAAACGGUCCACAGGUCUCUUUCUGCAUCUUACUCCCCUUCCUCGGAUGGCUGCUCUGAUGGUGUAUCCAAAUUUCACUGUGACCUCAUUGCCAAGAACGGUAGUGAUGUUUACCGGUAUCCCAGCCCUCUCCAUGCGGUGGCUGUUCAAAGCCCCGUCUUCCUCCAAUCCAUGACUGGCCACCCAAAGGAUGAUUGUAGUUUUUCCAAACUUGGUGAAGCAUCAAGUGAUGAGCAAAAACCUGAGCAGCCUGUGGGAUCUCAGAAUUCCUCCUGGCAUGGUUCCCUCCCAAACAAAAGACUGGAUAGUUAUAUCUUUGGUUUGCUUCAGAGGAGAGUGCAGCCUUUGAGGACCAACAAACCGCGAACGAGCAUCAACACUGACCCCUCCAAGAGCAUUUUAAGGCAGGCUAGUCUUUGCUCACGGGCCCCCGCUGCUGUCCAGCCUCAACAAUGGACCUCUGACCUCAAGCCUAACUGGCAGACAUGUUUACAAGAUGUGUCAGCAGCUAGCACUGAGCCAAGUACAGCUUCCCCCCAAAGACAGUGGACGGCUGAGUCCAAAGGAGGAACUUUACAAAACGAAGCAUCUUUCUCUCCAAGUCAACCACAAAAUGCUUACUCAACCACCAAUGAUACUAGAAAGAAAACUUCUGGAGCCUGUAAAGGCCAGCCAUUAAGUGCUGUAUCAAAGGACUGCCAGGACUUGGGAAGCCCAAAUGCAGUUUCCUCUCCCAAGCUCAACAAACAUUCUUAUUACGCCGUGGAGGACAUUAAAUCAGGCCAGGCAAUAAAAGCAAACCCAGUUAAGAGGAAUCCCAAGGCCCAAGCCUCAGCGGGAUGUGGCAAAGAAGUGGAGAGGACGGCUCCAGAAUCGCUCAGUCUUGGUUCCUCCUCGCAAAGCCAGGAUGAGGGAUGUCAGCUGGUCAGUGCCCAGUACGUCCCUGCACAAAAACAGAAUGUAAAUCUCUGCAAGGGUGGCACUAAAAACAUCAAGGUUGUUAAAGUGAAAAACUCUAGCGGUGCGAAAUCUAGAUCCCAUGUUUCCGAGCAUGUUUCAGAGACUGGCCGUGACAAACAUCGGACGGGAUCUAAGAGGUCUCGACAUGUAGACGACAUAUACCACUCGCAUAAAUCCUCCAAAAAGUCCACAUCAAAACCCAAGAGAAUCCCUGCCUCCAUCCCUGAAGGACGAAUCCUGGAGAAGCACACUAGUUCCACGGGUCGAUCAUCUGCCCAUAGACAUCACAGUCAUCAUCGGCAUCACGAGGCAGUGCUGGCCAAACCCAAAUACAAACGCAAUGAGUGCCACCGGAGACCAAGGGGUCUCCAUGAGAUCUCAUACGAGGAGGCUUUCAGGAGAGCUCAUCGCAGGCAGAAAAGAGAAAUGCUCAGCCAAAUGUACCUGCCGUCUAAUGCUCACUACACCAGUCCCUAUGCUUAUGUAGGCAGUGACUCUGAAUAUUCAGCGGAGUGCGCCUCCCUCUUCCAUUCCACCAUUUUGGACACCAGCGAAGACGAGCGCAGUAAUUACACCACCAACUGUUUUGGGGACAGCGAGUCCAGCGCUAGCGAGGCAGAAUAUGUAGCCGAGAGCAGCACUAGCAGUGACUCUGAAGGUAGCGCAGGGGUCAACUGGCCCCAAUUUAACCAAGCGGGCGCAGAGUCCCACGGAAUGACGGCGGCACAGGCGAAGGCUUUCGUCAAAAUCAAAGCUUCUCACAACUUGAAGAAAAAGAUUUUGCGUUUCAGAUCAGGCUCAUUAAAACUCAUGACCACCGUGUGAGAGAAUUCAGAAACGCAAAGUCUGGUUAACGUGUAGCCAAUCAAAUUGGCACAAGUCACACAAUCAAGUGCCUAGACAGAACUCAGCUCCACGGCCUAAAACGCUUUCGGUCAGAGAUUCUUUCAGCUGGGAACUCGAUUUCUGUCCGGCCCUUAUUGCAUGCACUUUCACAAAUGAGCAAGUGCUAAGAACAGCAUUUGAAAAGCUUCUUUGUAUCCCCUGAUGUCAAUGUCUUUAGCCUUUUUUAACAUUAUCGUUUCGUAUUUAUUAUAAAUCCGGCUUUUGCUGUGAUGCAUCUACAUAGCAAGUACUAUGUAUACUAUGUAAAUGCAUUAUUCAUGGUUUACUUUUUUAAAUAAGAUAUUUAAAACUUAAUAUAUUUGGUUAGUCAUACAUGGAAAUGGUAUAGAAAGUAUGACUUUGCAGAAGCGGUGCAUCACAGACGCAGUCUGCCUGAAAAAUGUUUAAGGUUACGAAGGCAAAUUCACCUGCUGAUUUUCAAGGGCUUUUGUUAUGUGCACAUUAAAUAUGCAUGAGCAACGGCUUUACACUUUUACAUUAUUAGCUGUAAAUGACUCGAUUUUGUAAAAUGAAUGUUAAUGUCCUUGUGUCUUAUUCUUUAUUAAAUCUUAUUGUUGAAAUCA